AUGAAGUUCCAAAGGGAUGUGAGACCAGCUGCAACGAUUAAGCGCAUUAAGAUGGGAGGUAAGCGAUCAGGGCGUCCUGCUGAUUCACAGCAGGACCGUGUCAGGACACACUUGUUUUUCUCAAAACAGACCGAACGACAACACCAAAAACGAAGGCGUCGAGCUCAAAACAAACUGCAUCAAGUGACGCAUAAGAAAGACGAAAUGAUACAAACGGCAAACGAGCUGGAUCCAUCUCAAUGGACAGGAAAUCAGCGUGUUUUACAUUUUGGUCCCAUGGCUCAAAGGGAUCCUUAUUUCUACUACUACCCAAAAGGUUGGGAUGUGCUUUAUCCUGCUCGUUUCGGAUUUUUUCCGUACCGUACCACGAAAUUUCGCGGUUCAUCUUCGGUAGUGUGUAUAUGUGCUUUUGGAGUCUUUAUGAUCCUAGGAGGCGCUUUGAUGGUGUACAUGGGUUUUUUUGUAAUUCAUGAUACGCCAUUCUGGACCUGGACAGCAGAACGGAGGAAGCGUCCACCGCCAAUUCAACUCGUUGGACCAUUACUAUUCGUUGUUGGAUCCAUUUUCGUCGUAGGAGCCAUUCUCUAUUCAGUAAUAACAUCUAAUGUGAGCUUCAAAAAGUUUAAUUG